GGCACCUGAGAAAUACCAAACAGUAGAACUAACAAGGAAGGUGUUCCUAUCUGAACUGAACGCAGUGGAAUCCAGUGGGGGAGAUAGGGAAAUCCAAUAGUAUUGUGUAUGAAAUGAUGAGACUGAUAAGCUGUUUCAGAGAUGCUGGCUUUGUGCAGGUAAGCUACAGUUAUCAUAGCUGCAAGAAGUUGAAGCAGGUCUUGGCACGGUGCUGUAUCCCUUCCCAACCCUCUCCCUGGGUAGCAGGGAGAUUUCAGAGCUGCUCCCACCACUGCCUCCCCCCGUCUGUGCACCUACAGCUCACUGCCCGGCCUCUGCCUGCUGCACCCCUGCAAGUGUGGAGCCUGGGGCUGCGUGGGCUGAAUUUGAAGAAGCAGAUGAUGAACAUUCAUCCCCCAAAGGGCAGAGUACUAAGGAGCAGAAGAGGUUUUUUCCUCUCUGUUACACCAAGUAGCUCUAUUAACAUGAUGCAGCCAAGUCUAUGGGAUGGGGGAAGACAUGACUGUCAGGUACUUCUUGGAUAGUUACUUCUUAGAUACUUACCCAGUUGUGUUUCUUCUAAUUACUACCAAGACCAUCUGCUUUAAAAGCAGAUCUGAGUUACUAUUUAGUCUAUUGCUGUUAUUCUGAAUCUGAAAGCAGUCGCCUGCCUUUCUGUUGUUGUAAUUAUCUUCACAGCAAUUAUGUUUGAUGCCGAAUAAGAGAGAGUUAUGAUUCCAGUGGUAAAUAGGCAGCAAGAUCAAAUCUUGACUCACCAAAUUAGAUUUCUUUGUGUAAUUCCUUCUUGAUCCUGGCUGUACCCAGCUCCGUCUUAGAUGCAACACAUCUCAUAGCAUUAUUUUGCUUUGCUAUUGAAACCACAGCCAGGAGGAAUUUCAACCUUGAUCCGCUUGGACAUUCAGGUUUGUUCUUCCUCAUGUUAUGAUACUUCAGUCACUAAUAGGCUGCUGCAUGCUAUCAGAUGGAGACCUGCUCUUCUGCCUGGCCAAAGCAUAUUUGUUUAGAACAGAGAGGUUUUCACAAAGGCAAAUACUUUUUAUUCCAGAUAGCAUGGUCUGUACCAUAGCAUCUCUGCUAUUUCUUCUCUCUCACUUUUCCUGGAUAUGGACACAGGCAGUCAGACUUGUUCAGGUGAAGUGGAUACCUGGCUUUUUUCAGGGUACUGCUCUGUAGAAGAAGUUGAAUUAUAGCAGUGUUUACUCUGGAUCUAUGUUCUUAGCUCCCUUCUCCUCUUUGGUUCAUACAUUAAGCAAGAAGCAUAUCAUUUAUGAAGUCUAUUUAUGAAUCCAUUUGGUGAUACUGUGAAGUCUUCCAGUAGUACAUCUAGGAGAUCAAACACUAAAGGGAAAAAAAUCUGGGUGAGAAAAUGUCCCCUUGAGGUGUUUUUUAUUAAUCCAUUAACAAAGAAUACCAAAACAGGAUAUCAUUCAGCAUCUCUUAAUUAUAUUUAGUCAUCGUGUGUUGAGGUUCAUGGUCGUUAACUGCUGUAGUGGCAAUAUCAGUUGAGACAAAAUUGUGCUGUUGAGGGGAAAGCUAUCAGGCAGGGGGAAAUUCACCUAUGUUGUUGUGGUUGUGCUCUAAUGUAUUCCAGGAUAUCAGUGGCUAAGAUGUAUGGCAUCAUGGUAUAACUGGCUUAGUUAAUGUUCACAAUAACUGAAGAGCAGAACCCCCAAAUACCAAAGAAAUGGGGAGACCAUCACAGCUGCUGCUGAAGGAGGCUGGAAGGGCUGACUCCUCCAUGGAAGAUGUACAAAGGUCCUUCCAGAAAAUCUUUUAUGUGAUCACAGCUACCAGCAGUCAGAAGAGCCUGAGGCAAGCAGGGAUGUUGUGCAGUAGGUUGUCUCUAGAGUGAGUAGGAAUUUGAAGGCAUCCAUACAAAGAAACUCCUCUACAUUGCUGCCUCCCUUAAAACUUGAAUGCUAAAUGUGGUGGAAAGUGCAUCAGGCUUGAAGAAGAUGCUGUGCAAUUUCUAUAGUCAACUAUUUCAGUGAUACAUAGUGUGUGGAAAGAAGAAGCAAAGUUAGAAGAAACACGUCCACCCUCAUUUUUGCAAGUGCUGGGAUGGGAGCUGCACACUGCUGCACUUCCUGACCUUCCCUUCCUGAUCCUUUUGGAAUUAGAAGGUCUUUAAGGUCCCAGACAGCAUCGAGACCCCCCCAGAUACCAUAGCAGCUUAUUCAGAACCCAUAAAUUCUCUCCCCAUUUCUCAUCUCCAUCUCCAAGCCAGCAUUUGUUUGCACUUUGGCAGCUCUCAGCUUUACUGUCCCUGUUGCCCUGGAUUUCUGAUUUCUCUGGUACAUCUCCUCCUAGCCACAGAGUUACAUGUGAGACACCUACUCCCCAUCUGCACGUUUCCAAAUCAGAACAGCGUAUUUAUGAUCACUACUGGUAGCUGGAGGGACUUCUCCUCUCACCCACUGCAGUUUUUCUCACCCAAAGAGAAAGCACAGUAACCAGCUCAUGGAGGUGUUUGCACUCCUCUUAGAGACAAGACUUUUGCAAGUUUACAUGAUGCUGAAUCUUGCUUUUGCUUGAAAGCGUGGACACAAUGUGAGCUGGGUGUUUCUGGCUUAAUCUUGGAGCCAGAUUCAGGAAGGUUUAUAAACAUCUACUUAGACCAUGCUCAGACAAAGAACUAAUAAAUAUCCUUGUGAAUCAAGCACGCCACAGAAUCAAAGCUGGAGAAAAUUUCAAGCAUUUUCAGACUGUCUGACAAAAAGCAUAUGCCUUCAUCAAAUCAGCUCAGCUCUCCAUGCUUUCAGAGGCUGCCCACCACAUUUUGGAUCUCAUGUAGAAGAAGUGAGUUUCCGAGAUUAAAAGGCACAUUUCUGGGUGAGAGGAGAGGGAUUCAGAAACAUUAAUGGGAGCAAAAUCUUGAGAGAUAGAAAAGAAACAGUUUGUUCCUUUCCUUUGGCGAAUAUUCUCAUCUGUGUGUGGUUUGCCUGACCUGGCGGAAAAGAGGUCCCAGAAGUGGUGCCUUCCAUUUGGGCAUUCAUUGAUUUUUUUUUUUUAUAGGGUUUUGUCAGUUGUUAUGGAGGGUUUUGUCUCCCCACCUACACAGCUGCCGUGUGCUCUGGAGGCUUUCAAUUGGCUCUGCCAGGCAGCAAGUGGCAUUUGAAUAUAUCAACUGAGACUGUUUCUAUGUAAACAGGGAGACCUGUGAAACAUUGCAGCGGUGCUUCAGAUGCAAAAAGCCAGGAGCUAUCUUUGGCUCUGGGUUGUGAAAGCCCUCCAAGCUGUGCAGGAGUGAGAUGGGGCUGUUGACUCCUCAACCUCUCCGGGCACCUUGGCCAAAGCAACAGCAGGAGAGCACCAAGCUGGACUUUAUAGCUUUUGAUGCUAGAGCCAGGGUGGUACUUUCAGAUGGUCUUAUGUGUAUUCACUGUAUCAUCUAAAAUUACUUUCUAAGUUGUUUUCUAUAUCAGAUUGUAGACAGAAAACUAAGAGGGGAGGUAGGUUUUGGGUUAGUGUGUUUUUGUACCGGUUCACUGGAGGAAAGCUGCUAUCUCUGAUUGUAAAUUGUGAUGGCCAUCACGCUCUCUCAUCUCCCUUGCAUUUCCCAGUGGGUUGCUUUCUGUGUUACUGCAUGCAGCUCCUUAAAAUUAAACAGAAACCAUCAACUGUAUGAUCGCUUGGGCUCUCAUUAUGAGAUUCCUUUGUCCUGGCCUUGCUCUUAUCACACAUGCUGAAUGUAUAAUUCAAACAGAAUUCUGACUACAGCUAGGAAACUAAAUGAUGUGUAAAUCUUUGAAUUCACUUUCUCUUCCUCUUUUUCUCCCCUCUCUUUCUUUUUUUUUUUCUUUCCUCUUUUUAGGAAUGAGAUGCCCAUGAAGUUUAAUCUCUGUUAGCCUGAAAAGAAAAACUGGGGAAUAAGAGUUAUGGAUCCUUUAUACUUUUCUAAUGCAUUUAACAUGGACUCAAGUUCCAGUGAUUUGAACUCCUCGCUGCUGACAAAUACCACAGAGAAUGGGACACUCUCAGAGCAGCUCCCAUUCAAAUACAUCCACAAAGUCCUGAUUCCCAUCUUUUACAUCCUUGUAUGUGCAGUUGGACUCAGUGGCAACACAUUGGUCAUUUACGUGGUUUUGCGUUAUGCCAAGAUGAAAACUGUCACCAACAUUUACAUCUUGAAUUUGGCUGUCGCUGAUGUACUCUUCAUGCUGGGCCUGCCCUUCCUGGCCACCCAGAAUGCCAUCUCCUACUGGCCUUUUGGCUCCUUUCUGUGCAGGCUGGUUAUGACCGUAGAUGGUAUUAACCAAUUCACAAGUAUUUUCUGUUUGACUGUGAUGAGCAUGGACCGCUACCUGGCAGUAGUUCAUCCCAUUAAAUCAACCAAGUGGAGACGUCCCAGGGUGGCCAAACUCAUCAGUAUGACUGUCUGGACGUUCUCAUUCCUGGUGGUGCUUCCAGUCUUCAUCUUUUCAGAUGUGCAGGAAGACUUUCACACCUGCAACAUGAACUGGCCAGAGCCUGUCAACAUCUGGUCUGCAGCGUUCAUCAUUUACACGUCGGUCCUUGGGUUCUUCGGUCCUUUGUUGGUGAUCUGUCUGUGCUACUUGCUAAUUGUGAUUAAAGUCAAAUCUUCAGGGAUUCGCGUUGGGUCUACGAGGCGCAGGAGAUCAGAGAGGAAAGUGACCAGGAUGGUGGUGAUCAUUGUGGUUGUCUUUGUGUUCUGCUGGCUCCCAUUUUACAUGAUGAACAUUGUCAAUUUGAUAUUUAUACUGCCAGAAGACCCUGUGCUGGUGGGGGUGUAUUUCUUCGUGGUGGUCCUGUCCUAUGCGAACAGCUGUGCCAACCCUAUUCUUUAUGGAUUUCUUUCUGACAACUUCAAGCAGAGUUUUCAGAAAGUCCUUUGCCUCCGAAAGGGCAAUGGCAUAGAGGAUGGUGACCCCAUUGAACAUAGGCAAGAGAACAGCAGUCGUUUGCAGGAAUCAAUGUUAACCCAGAGGAAUAUUGAAUUCAAUGGACACAUGCAGACUAGCAAGGUGUGAGGGCAUGGUCUGGGACUGCCAAGAACUUGUAGACCUGGAGAACUUGAGACUUAAGGGAAGGAUGAAAUCACCACUAAAAUCUGGAGGCCCACCAGCUCCAAUUAGUGUACAGAGUCUUCUUUUCACUCCCUUCCCCUUCAAGCUAAAAGUGCUCUGGGUUAUACUGAGCUGUGUGAAGUUCUUGUGGUGUUCUAACUAAGGCAGUCAGAUGUAUGUUACUGCUUCCUGUACUCUAGAGAGCCGGUCUACUGGUAGCCACUGCCAGCUUUGUCCUAUUUCAGUAAUCCAAAACAACACUAAACCUGUCCUAACUAUUUUGUUAAGCUGAGCUCAUGGCUGGGGUCAGCUCAAAACAGAAAACAGCUCAAAUAAUUCCUGUGAAAAUACCUUUGAAAGUCUUCAAGGGAAUCUCUUAGAAGAAAAUACACUAUUUCUCAACAGAAGUUUCACACAAAAAAAAGUCACAGCACUGAUCUUGAAAUUAUGUAAAAUCCAUUGUUUUAGAGUGCUGUGUAGUCCACUUGCAUUGUUUUACUGUUAUUAAUCCAUGUAAACCUCAAAGUUUUGGGGAGUCUUUCAAAUAGUAGGAAAGAAUAAUAAUGAAAAAAAAAAAA